AGGAUCAUGAGCAGUUGGGAAGACACCAAUUUGCUUCUUUGCUACUGUUGGAGUUCAAGGCAUUUGAAGGAGUGUUCCCGGGGAAGAUGUCGGCUUCGACGAUGGAAGCCCGUUGUCUGGACAAGAGAGGAAGCUUCUUUAAGCUCAUUGACACAAUCGCCUCAGAAAUCGGAGAACUGAAACAGGAGAUGGUGCAGACAGAUCUCGCCUUGGAGGAUGAACCCGCUUCUUUGCAAAGCCGAGUAAAGGCGAUGGAUAAUGGCUCUCCCGAGAAAAAGGAGGUGAAAGGCUGUCCCCGGGACUCUGGCUAUGACAGCCUGUCCAACAAGCUCAGCAUCUUAGACAAGCUGCUCCACACGCACCCCGUGUGGCUGCAGCUGGGCCUGAGUGAUGCUGAGGCCGCAGCAAUCCUGCAGAGCCAGCCGCCCGGGAUAUUUCUGGUUAGGAAGUCAGCAAGACUGCAGAAAAAGGUCAUUUCUCUGCGCCUGCCUGGUGAAUGCGGGUCCUGCCUGAAAGAAUUUGCAAUAAAAGAAAGCACAUACACCUUUUCCUUGGAGGGCUCUGGAAUAAGUUUUGCUGAUUUAUUCAGGCUUAUUGCUUUCUACUGUAUUAGCAGGGAUGUCCUGCCGUUCACUCUGAAGUUGCCUCAUGCUAUUGCAGCAGCAAAGACAGAAGCUGAACUUGAAGACCUUGCUCAGCUCGGACUGAAUUUCUGGAGCUCGCCGGCUCACAGCRACCCCCCGGAUCCCUCACCGCCGGCCCGGCCCGCUCCCGCGGACGCCGCUCAGAAAGACGGACGCCAGCUCUGCCUCAUAAAUGGUGUGCACGCGCUGCGGACCCGCACGCCCUCGGAGCUGGAGUGCAGCCAGAGCAACGGCGCACUCUGCUUCAUCAACCCCCUCUUCCUAAAAGUGCAUAGCCAGGACGCGAGCGGCAGCCUGAAAAGGCAGAGCCUGCGCGGCCCGGACGCCAAUGGCACCGAGCGGACCCGCUCGCCCCCGCCCCGUCCGCCGCCUCCCGCUAUUAAUAGUGGCCCGAGGAGCCCAGGGCCCCCGCGGGCUAUAAAGCCGGCCGGCAUGCCUGCCACGGGCGGCCCCAAGCAGCCGUGGGCCGCGGGCUCGCCGCCGAGCAGGCCGGCGCCAGUGCCGCCACCCCGGCUGAAGAAGCAAGCGGGCUGCGCUGAGGCGACGGCGACACCRCGGCCCGGCGGCCCCUCCGCGCCGGGUGCCGCCCCCACCACUGCCGCGCGGGAUCCGGCUGCCUCCGCCAAGAGCCCUGCGGCAGCGAACAGUGAGUCACCAACGCCCUGGGAUGGAGGGCGGCAGCGGCUGAGCGACAUGAGCAUUUCCACCUCCUCCUCCGACUCGCUGGACUUCGACCGCAGCAUGCCCUUGUUCGGCUACGAGGGUGACACCGCCAGCAGCCUGGAGGAUUUUGAGGGCGAGAGCGACCAGGAGAGCAUGGCCCCCCCUCUGAAGCCCAAGAAGAAAAGGAACAGCUCGUUCGUGCUGCCCAAGAUUGUGAAGUCCCAGCUGCGGAAGGUUAGCGGUGUUUUCAGCUCCUUCAUGACCCCUGAGAAGAGGAUGAUCAAGAAAAUCGCGGAGAUGUCCCGGGACAAGCGCACCUACUUUGGGUGCCUGGUACAGGACUACGUGAGCUUUCUCCAGGAGAACAAGGAGUGCCACGUCUCCAGCACCGACAUGCUGCAAACCAUCCGGCAGUUCAUGACCCAAGUCAAGAACUACCUGGCCCAAAGCUCCGAGCUUGACCCCCCCAUCGAAUCCCUCAUCCCGGAGGACCAAAUAGAUGUGGUGCUGGAGAAGGCCAUGCACAAGUGCAUCCUGAAGCCGCUGAAGGGCCACAUUGAAGUGAUGCUGAAAGAGUUUCACACUGCAGACGGAUCCUGGAAGCAGCUCAAGGAAAACCUGCAGCUGGUGAGGCAGAGGAAUCCCCAGGAGCUGGGGGUGUUUGUUCCCACGCCGGACUUUGUGGACGUUGAGAAGAUCAAAGUCAAGUUCAUGACCAUGCAGAAGAUGUACUCACCUGAGAAGAAGGUCAUGCUGCUGCUGAGAGUUUGCAAACUGAUUUACACUGUUAUGGAGAAUAACUCAGGGAGGCUGUAUGGAGCUGACGACUUCUUGCCUGUGCUGACAUACGUAUUAGCCCAGUGUGACAUGCUGGAGCUGGAUACUGAAAUUGAAUACAUGAUGGAGCUGCUGGAUCCCWCCUUACUACAUGGAGAAGGGGGCUACUACUUGACGAGCGCCUACGGAGCCCUGUCCUUGAUCAAGAACUUCCAGGAAGAACAGGCCGCCCGGCUGCUGAGCUCGGAAGCCAGAGAUACCCUCCGGCAGUGGCACAAGAGGAGGACAACUAACAGAACAAUACCUUCAGUUGAUGAUUUUCAGAAYUACCUUCGAGUUGCGUUCCAGGAAGUUAACAGUGGAUGUACAGGAAAGACCUUGUUAGUAAGACCGUACAUCACCACGGAAGACGUGUGCCAGCUCUGUGCUGAGAAGUUCAGGGUGGACAAUCCGGCAGAUUACAGCCUGUUUCUCUUCGUCGAUGACACCUGGCAGCAACUGACAGAAGACACCUACCCACAGAAGAUCAAGGCUGAGCUGCACAGCCGCCCGCAGCCCCAGGUCUUCCACUUCGUCUACAAGCGCAUCAACAGCGAUCCCUAUGGUGCCAUUUUCCAAAACAACGACGACCCCGUUUCUUAAACCCAGCAGCUUGUUGUCGAAUUCGUGUUGCUCCUUAGCUGAAAUCACCUUUGCUGCCUGCCUGGGGAGGUUAAAACAGUGUAUGCAGCUCUUAAGCCACACAUGCCUAGUAAAACGCGUGCCGAUGCUCACACGGUGCUCGGGGAGGCUCCACGGACCCCGCACGUAUGGCCAGUUUACAUGGAAUAUUCAACCAGCUGCUGGAGUCAGCAGCCCRGAGAGCUGGAUUUGCAGCACCGCAGACUCGGGAAACACAUUCAAACGUGCUGUGUGGCCCUCUGCAGGUCUCUUGCUGCAGCGUGCCAAAAUCUCCUUUCCUCCACCCACCCUUUAGCCAAAUGUCCCUUUGAUUUAAGUGUGUGUAUGCUAGACAAAUGUUUCAGUGAACUGGCUGGUACACACUCACUUUGACCAGCAGGAGCUUGACAAAACUGUCCGAUGCAGGGCAUCAGUUAACUCGUAAUUACCUGGAUGGUUGCAUCCUUUUCUAUUUUUUUUUCAUUACAGAAAAUCUCCAUGUUUUUAUAUAUAUUUCAUAGAAAUUUUAUAGCAGUUGCAGGUAAACUGUCAGGGUUGUUUUUUAAAUAUUUUUUUAACUAUAAAGUAUUCUAUAAUUAUGCAUGUGAUUUUAACAUUUAAUAUACAAGAAUAAAUCUCUUGCUGGUUUUAGAGUAUUGUAUUAAAAGUCUCUGUGGUUUCUCUUUUUUCAUGUUAAAGGAAGAUGUUUUUGUAUGAAAAUUGUUACCUGUAAUAAGAUUGUAACAUUGGCACUGCUGAUUUCAGUGCCUUUAUCUGAACUUGAUGUACUGUUACCUGGAUUAUUGUUUAUAUGCAUUGUUUUAGGUAGAAAUGUGGCUUUGGAAAAGGAGGAUGAAAGAAAAGGAUGUAGAGAAGGGGUAGAGAAAGAUUGUAGAGAACCUAAUUUAGGAGUGAGAUGUGUUAGUCUGCUGGUUCAGGCUCCUUGCGGAAAGAGAGCAAAGGGGGUUGGUAGGAAACUUCUAUGUGCACAAUAUUGUAGAUAGGUAGGUGGAUGUGGCAGCACCUAUCC